AUGAAUUAUUUUACGAAUUCAUCUCAAACUCUUCCGCUAAGAAUAUUUAUCUCUCAUGCACGACAAAGUCAACGUCAACAACAAUUGCUGUCACAGCAACCACAGCUACCGCCAGGCAAUCCAGACACAGUUCAAAUGAUAUUGCGAGGUACAUCAGAUAUCUUAAAUGGCAACGCUAAUCCAACAAACACAAAUGACAACAAUACUUUGGCUGCUUUUCUAUGCUUGUAA